AUUCUAAUUUCAAUACGUGGAAUACCCUCUUUGGGCCUCUUUCUUGCAAAAUCUCAACCCUUUAAAGCAAAGAAAUCACCAUCCCACCCACCACCCAAGAAAAAAAAUUUCUCAAAAUAAAUAAAUAAAUAAAACUCAUGAAGAAUUAUUAAACUCAAAAUAUCUGAAUUUCCUUCCUCCACUUUCCUCUCCCCAAGAGCAAGCGAAAUUACAAAAAUGGCGGUAUCAGAUGCAGUAAUUGGUAAUCUAAUGACGAUAUACUUAGCUCUAAUUGCAGCGAUCAAGGCGUACGGGCUUACCAUGGAUCAGAGUUUCACUGGAUUAUUUGUGCUUGCGGUGUCGACUGGGGUGGUUACCCUAAUUUUAGUUUCUACUUUGACUUGGGAUGUGUUGCGCAAAGCUACACAAUCAGUUUGUCGUGUCGAUUUACACGGCGGCGGUGAGAUAUGUCGCGGUGGUAUAUGUUGGCACGGUGUCGCGGUUAAAUCUCCGGUAUCUCAAAUCUUGUUUCGAUACCCUCAGCACCAACCAUUACCUCCUCAACUGUAAAAUGUAUAUAUUAUAAUGCUUUUUUUGGAUUUCUAUACAGUACUACUCUAAAUUUUAUAUUGAGUGAUUCAAAUUUGCCUGUUAGAAAAAGAUUUUCUAUUUGAGAUUGUCAAUUUGGUGUUUGGUUUGGAUUUGUACAUAGUUUUUGGAUUGAGUUGGUCUGAUAUAAGUUUUUUUUUUUUUUUUUUUUUUUGUUUUUCGGGAAUUUCGAUUUUAAACGAUGUAAAUGGAAGAAGAUGGAUCGUAUUUAUGUAUAUUUGAUUAAUGAUUAUAUUGUUUGUUUUUGUAUUCGAUAAUAUUAUGUCAUGUGUUUGAUUAACGUUGACUUAAACUAGCAAGCAUCAUUAAAGAAGAUGAGUAUGGGUUAAAGAGGAGUUUCACGGGCCGCGCAGAAACUGCUGCCUCAGUCCGCGGGGGCGCGGUGAGCGUUCUGUCUCAAUUUUGCGGCUCUCGUAGUUGUACACGGCUCGCGAAAUGACGCUUUCUUUUCACGGGAGGUGUCUUUUGGGACGAUUACUUUUUGUUUAUUAUGUAAUAACUUUCUUUUUAAUUAGGCAUUAGUAUAUAAACUCCCAUUUUAGGAUUAAUAUAUGAUGAUUCGCAAAAUUGAGAGAGAUCACAAGAAAUCCAUUAAUUUGUAAGUGUAAUUGAGAUUCAUCUUGUAAUUCUUUGCGAUCAUAGUGAAAUUAUUUAAUUUUGGUGCCGGUGGAUGUAGCUAUCACAUUGAUAGUAAACCACGUUAAA